GUCGGUCCGCGCCCUCUGAGAGUUGCUACCAUGUGCUCGGGCACUGAGAGCCCUCUGCUCGCCUGGGACAUGAUCUCGGACUGCAUUCGGAGCAAAGAGAGCAAUCUGGUGUUGAAGUUUGAGCACGUCUUCAGCGCCGAGAUCGUGCCAUACAAGCAGGCUUACAUUGAACGCAACUUCCGCCCCCCGAUCAUCUUCAGGGACAUUACUGAGAUUACCAGCAGCACGGAUGGCAAGGCCACUACUGCAUACGGCGCCAGGGUGGACAUUCCUGACAACGUAGACAUGGUGAUUGCCGGUACCGCAUGCGUCGAUUUCUCCAAGUUGAACAACAACCAGAAGACCUUGGAAGAACGGGGCAAAUCUGGCGACACAUUCGCCGCAGUUCUCGCGUACGCCAAGACGUAUCGUCCGACAAUGAUCGUCCUGGAGAAUGUCUUUAACGCUCCAUGGGAUGAUAUGCUGGCAGAGUAUGAGAGUAUUGAUUAUGUCUCGGCCGGCGUUCUUGUGGACAGCAAGAAUUAUUACCUCCCUCAGACUCGGCAGAGAGGUUAUAUGGUGUGCGUUGACAGAUCAAAGUUGAACGACAAUGGCAUUGAUUCUGCCAUCUUCAAACGAAACUUCUACAACCGCAUGGCAGAUUUUAGACGUCAAGUCAGCUCUCCCUUGUCGUCGUUCAUUCUACCUAACGACGAUCCGCUCGUUACCAGGGCCAGCCAGUCUAUGAUUCGCCAGUCUGUGCUCGACACUUCCCUGAGGGACGCUGAUUGGGCCAAGUGCGAAAUCCGCCAUAUCAACACCCGUAGACAGCAGAAGCUUGGAAUUGCGCGCCCUCUGACAGACUGGCAGGAGAGCGGUAGCCUUGUCUUGCCCGAGAAUUGCAACAGAGUGUGGUUCAGGCAGCAGGUCGAACGAGUAUGGGAUUUCAUGGAUGUGGCCCUACUCCGCAAAGCCAAUGCCAAACCUGAGUUAAUCCUGGACAAAUAUGACGCUCAAUACAAGACUCGCAUCUGGGACGUCUCGCAGAACAUUGAUCGAUUCACUGAUAGUGCCCCCUUCGGUGUCGCAAGCUGCUUAACCCCUACUGGCAUCUUCUACAUCACUGACAGAGGUGGCCCCUUGACAUACACCGAGAGCUUGAUGUUGCAAGGCCUUCCCCUGGACAGAAUUUCGUUCACCACAGAGACUGAACGGCAGAUUCAGGAUUUGGCUGGAAACGCCAUGAGCACCACAGUCGUGGGCUCAGCCAUCGCAUCUGCUCUGAUCUCUGGAUGCCAGGCGUUGCCGCGAGUCCUUACUCAUCAAGACCAGCACAAGGAAGCUGUUUUCAAGAGCGCCAUCACCUCACGUAAAGAACUCACAUUCCAGCCCUUCUCUCAGGCGAUGGUGGAUCGCACCAAUGUCGUUGAACUUCAAGCUGAUGCCCGCAAAUCGGCUGCCAUGUGUGUCUGCGAAGGUCAAAUUGGCUUGGCCGAGAAGGCCAUCCAAACCUGCGGCGAGUGUAGCCACACAUCUUGUCUUGCCUGCGGUGUCAAGCCUAUUCACGAAUACGGAGAACCAUCUGUACCUGAGCGCGAUGAGCCAGAGAACUUCAUUCAGAAGUGGAGACCACGCAUCCCUAUGGUUCUGAAGUUCAGCUCCUCGGACAACCUCAUAGAACUCAAGCAAAAGUUCCUUGACGCGGUCAGGAACGUCUUGCGCGAUCCUUUCGCUUUCAAGACGUUCAGGAGAGCUGUUUCCUGGGCUAUCGUGUACGAAUCAUCAUUGGCUCGUCUCGAACUUGUGCUGGGUGUCCACGUUUCUUGUUGGAAUCUGUACGCAAAGCCCGACCAAGCACUCAGUGGUGAGGAUGAAGUCCGAAAGUUCUUCGAAGAACCUAUUGCAACAUCUCGAGUUGAGGAGAAUGCUUUCUUUGGGGAAAAAUGGCAAUGGCGGAUUCCCCAACAAGAUUCGUCGUUUGAGCUUCUGGUUCGAGGUUGUGGCCAGCAAGUACCCUCGUGGACUGCGCGUCUCGCUCUGCAAAACUAUGCGGAAGAACGAGUGUGGUCCGAAUUGCGCAUCGAGAAGCACGGCAACACCAACCUUCCAAAGCACAUCGAAGGCACUUACGAGCAGAUCGAAGGGACCUACAAGCUUCUGCCCGACUGUGGUACUGCCUGUGAAUCUCUUUACAAGCGUGUCGAGUCAGCCUCGGGUCUCAGUAUGUUCCUCCUCCUGGACCCCGCACGCAUCGGCAAUCCUCGCGAGGACUGCUUUGUCUUCGCUCGUGACCAUUCGAGAUUGCAGUACGACCAAGUCAGAGAGAUCACUGCCAGGGUUGAUGCCAAAUGGCGCCCCGAGCUAUUGACUGGGGAUCCCUCGGACCUCACAGUAUCACUCAACGGCCGUUGGAUCGAUGAAGACUCCUGCUUCCUCGAAGCUAUGGACAUGAGAUCUGAGAUUCGCUCCGACACAUUGGCUCUUACUAAUACUAAUUGCGAUGUCACGAAAGCACUGGUUUCGCUUAAAUUCGUCCUGCCCUCCUCAAUCGCCCAUCAACGUUAUCAAGGCCAGCAUCGGAUCAAGUGCGAAGACAAGGCUUUCUUUGAGGCCUUCGGAUGGGCUAUGGAACCGCUCCGUCAGGUGUUAGCAGAGCAAAGUGCUCGGAUUCCGCUUGCCUAUCACGAUUGUAAAGAAUGUUCCCCUCUGCUUCCUGAGAUUCGCUGGCGUAUUCUCACAAAGGCGAACAGUCGAGAAUUUGCUCCAUACGAAGAUCCUGAGACUGCUAGAAAGUAUGAGCACGCCAUCAAGUCUCGCCCCGAGCCAGUUGUCAUCGAGUGCAAGCUGGAGGGAAACUCAGUUGCGCUAGACAUUGGCUUAAACACAACUACUCUUUGUCACAGGGCCGCUGGAAAGCUGAAGUUGUUGACCGGCUCGGUGGAUUCUGUGUCUUGGAGGCUGGAUACAUCCUGGGUGGAAGAGUCUUCCACCAAAUUUCCAACUUUUACACUUCGCAACAAUAGUGCCAACGCUGAAUUCAGCCGUCGUAUCAGCUGGGCUGAUGAUAUUGACCUCUUCGACAUCCAAAAGAAAUCCCUCACUUGGAUGAAGCAACAGGAAGAAGGAGUCGGUACUUUUUUCACGGUCAAGGAAGUUGAGGAGGCUCUGCUUCCUCACCUCGGUUGGCGACUCGAGUCAGAGGCUUCUGCUGAGGUCCAUGUCAAGGGUGGCAUUCUUGCCGAUCACGCCGGUUUCGGCAAGACUGUCACCUCACUCGCACUGAUCCAGUCAGAGUUCCAGGAACAUGGCGACGGUGGGAUCCUACAGAAGAUGCAAGACUCCUGUGUUGAUGAAGGACGUAUUGACAUUGCUGCCACACUGGUUAUCUGCCCUACCAACCUCGUCGACCAAUGGAGAACGGAGGUUCGAAGACUUCUCGGAUACGACGAUGAAGAGCUCGUGGUCAUCGAGAGGAAUGACCAGCUGAAGAAGAACUGUGGGACUGAAGUCCUCAGGCGAGCCAAGAUCGUCAUUCUGAACAAGAAUGUGCUUGCAUCUGAACACACGAAAUACUUCGAGCUACUAGCGCUCUACGCCGCAAUGCCUGAGUACACCGGCAGAAGCAAUCGAGCCUUGGAGUCAUAUCUACGUGAUGCUGCUUCCCGAGUCCCACAGCAUCUUCGCAUCGCUGAACAGAAAGGCGUUGGCAGUUUGAAGACGCACCUCCGGAAGACGUACAAGAAAACCUUGAGAGAUCCCAAGUACCGCGAGUACGCCGAACAGUCAAAGCGACGUAAGGGAAGAGAUUACACCAGUAACAAGAAUGCCAUCGAAAUCUCUGAGGUGGACGACCUUAGCGUACGCCAGGACUACGACAAUAUCGAUGAAUUGACGCUUCUUGAGAUGUUCAGAUUCAACCGCUUGGUGGUCGAUGAGUUCUCGUACACCGAGCCUCGCGAACUCGUGAUGUACUGCAACAUCAAGGCACACAAGCGCUGGGCACUCUCCGCCACUCCCAAACUGAAGGACACAUACGACGUCUCGAGAAUGGCACGUUUCCUGGGUAUCAACUUGCCGGUCGGAGCAAGUGGUCCAGGGCUCCUCUCAAUUGCGAACCUGCAAGCUUUACGUAAGGACAUGACCAACUUGGAAGUGUUUGAAACCUUCAGAGAGUUGCCUUCACGCACGACGCAAAAGAGGAUUCAUACUCUUUCCCAGCUGUUCCUUGACACAUUUCUUCGCCAGAACGUUAUGAAAUCCGAUCAAUAUCCUUACCAGGAUGUCAUCGUCCCCAUCACACUGAACGCGGACAACCGCCUGGUCUACACCGACCUCUCUCAGAAGUUGAACUCUCAGGAUAUGAGAAUCCGCAGAGGUGCGAAGAAAUCAGGCGAGCUUAGCGUCAUGCCCAACGUCACAUCAGCAGAGGAGGCUUUGUUACGCGUGGCCGCAGUCUUCAACCCUCUGAAGCGUCUGUCAACCGGAAGCCGACAGCAAGGCGUCAAGCUGGGACUCGAAGCCCUUGUAGAGCAGUCUGAGGCCGACCACAGGACAGCCCAACAAGUGCUCGAAGACAGUAUCAGGGUCUGCCUGGUAGAAAUACCCAGAAGCAUCAAUGCAUUCUCCACUUGGGUUGAAGAUGUUGUCGCGACCAAUGCCCUCAGAGAUAGAGGUGUGGCAAACGAGAUAGGGGAAAUGGCAGGACGAGAGCCCUCCAUGCUUGCCACUGUUGAGAGGACCAGACCUGAAUACAAAGGUAAACCAGAGGAAAUUGCCAAGCAAAAGACCAGCGAGGUCGUUGGCAAUGCUAAAGCCUACGCCUCCUCAACGAGAACGCUUCGUUUCGUCACAAACGCCCUGAAAUAUGGUAGGCGCCACCAAAACCCUUCUGACAGCCUGACUUGUGACGGCGAGUACUGCGAGAACAACAUUAGCCAGUCAUCAAAACUCCAUCUCUCGGCCGACUGCGGCCACGCAAUGUGUGAUGGUUGCAUCCAAGCUAGCAAGAACCUGCUUGGAAUCUGUCCAGUCACUGGUUGUAAGAAGGACGUCAAAUCCUAUCACCUGCUAGAUCUGGACAAGAUUGGACCGUCGACUGCCAGCAGAUUUGGCAGAAAGGCAGAUGAGCUGAUAAAGCUGCUCGAGACAAUCGAAGCUAAGAACCAGCAAGCAAUCGUGUUUGUGCAGGGCGGGGACCGGAUCACUGAGAUGAUGAACAUUCUCGAUAACGCUGCUAUCAAGUACCACCAGCUCUCAGUUUCCAAUGGAGACAAGGCCACAAAAGUGUCUUUUGCGCCAUUUACAAACGACAAGAAGACGACGGUUCUGAUCUUGAACUCGGACGACGAGUCUGCCGCAGGCGCCAACCUCACGAACGCCAAUCAUGUUAUCUUCUUCAGUCCUCUGUUGAAACGCUCACAAUACGAUUACGAUGCACAGAUGGCACAGGCCAUUGGUCGCGUCCGUCGUCCAGGUCAGAAGUAUGAGGUGCACGUUUACCGCUUCGUGUCACUUGACACGAUCGAUGUUGACAUCUUGGAA